UGUGUGUGUGUGUGUGUGUGUGUGUGUGUGUGUGUGUGCGUGUGUGCGCAGAAAGGAACGUAUAGCUCGGCGGUUGGAGGGCAUCGAGGGUGAGGUGCAGCCGUCUCUGCUGCCGAGUUUAGUGGCCAACCGGCUUCUGGAAGAGGACACACCACGAUACACAAGGGCCUCUGAUCCCUGUGAGCCCUUUGGAGUUACAGUCCAGCGGUAUGGCAUAGAGGGAUUUGAAAUCCCAGAAAUGCAGCUGGCGGCUCCGGAGCGACAGUCCAGAGCUCCCUGCAGACCUGACCCUCAGUCCUCCAUCCACACGGAGCCUGUCUACACUUCGGCCUCCACCACCGGUGCCCCUAAGCUCGAGUCCAAGGCUGAGCGCAUCGCCCGCUACAAGGCCGAGCGGCGUAGGCAGCUGGCCGAGCGCUACGGCAUCUCUUUAGAUCAGGAGCCAGACUCGGACCAACCCCUGCGCCGUGCCCGGAAGGAUUCGGAAGGCUCAGAGAGGCGAAUUCGCGGGGAGUCGGUGGGGGAGGACGGGCGGGACAACGCCCUGAGUUCUUACACCGGCACGUCCGCCACCAGCCCGAGGGCGGGACGCUCGGCACCACAGCACAGCCACCCCGACCCGGGUCACGGGAUGGGUCGGACCAGGGUGGACUCCUUUACAGAGAGGGAGAGGCUGAUGAACCUGGAGAAUCAACGCAGAGCUGCUCCGCCCGAGCCUCCGUCCUCUUCCUCAUACAUGGACGUGACAUCGUUGUCCUCGGCAGCCAGGGUUCCCGCCAAGGACUACUCUGUCACAGGGAUGCCACCCAGUUCACCCAAGCUGAGCAGGCACCUUUCCCUCUCCUCACCUAAGCACGGGGUGUCUCCUGGGGACCUAUUCAUCGAGCAGCAGGCCCACAACAUCCUCAGCAGACAGGGGUGAGUGGUCUGAUCACUUUUUGCCCUCAUCGUCUUUGAUUUCUAUUUAUAUCGAAGGUAGUUUCUUUUCCUUGUUUCACAAUUUAUGAAGCAGAGUAGAUAUUAUUCUAUGAAUUGGCCUGUGGCUAAUGCUAUCUCAUUAGCAGACCAUUCCCCCCUCUUGUCGUCCUUUGGUUUCAUACCGGUAAGUUCUGGAACAAUCUUUGAGACCCACAGCUGGCCUUGUAAAAUAUACCAGGCAGACUGAUACAAAAUAUUUGUUUGUGUUGUGUUUCUAUUCCAGACAUUUCAAGUGUAUCUGUUGAGAAAAAACAAUUAAUUCCCAAAGGAACUCUCAUUAGCCUGCAUGUUGCUCUUUUGUUAGGAAAAGCCAUUUCCGAGGCUGUUCGGAUAAAGUAAACCUCUGGCUCUGUGGCUGAUCCCACUUUUUACCAAUGCUGAUAAAAGCACCAGCUGCUUCCUUAAAGGAUAGUUCCAGUUUAUUACAACUUGAGAUGAACGAAUGGUUACUAUCAGUCUGUUGUUAAUAUCCAUCACAGUUUUCAGACCGAUUUUUGUGGUUCAACUUGUUACACUGUGCCGUACUUGCAGUAGUUGUGCUUGCACCAAGGCUGGAUUACCAAGCAGGCAAGCUGCCCCGAGACCCUCAGGGGCCCCCAAGGGCUCAAGACUGUCUUCAUGGUAACUUGAUUGCCUGUAUUUGUUUGGUGAUAUACCAGUAAAACUGAAAUGGUAAACGCCAUACUGUGGCUCUUGCUUUUUGACUUGACUUGUCUUGUAGAGGGGCUCUGUUUCAAAAUCUAGUUUUAAUAUGUUUAAUAUUUCAGUGUUUAAUUUAUAUGGUUUGAUCUGUAGACUAACUGAUUUACAGCAAACCUGGGACAGGGUUAGCUUCCACCUUAGAAGAACAGUUCAGUUUUUAGGUUCUGGGCAACAUAGAUUGGGCAAACAUGUCAGGGGUGACUCAUGGGGGCCCACAGUUCAAUUUCUGCCCGGGGGCACACUAUUUGGCCUAAUCCAGUCCUGGCACACACACAGUUUACUUUGCAAUGAGAGAUUAAACCCAAUUUAUACUUUCCACAUCUGCGUGGCCAAGAGGAACAACCCUACAAUAUUGGGAGCCAAGCAACUCGACCCAUUUGGUAUGGACAUGCCCUCCAAACAGCAUUACCCCUGAAAUGAUUGACAAAAGUAAUACAACAAAAAAGUAAUUAACUGGAAUUAUCCUUUAAUUGUGUUAGUCAAUACUGAUUAGCAGCUCCAGUGCUCAAUAAAUCAGGCAUUCAUUAAAUACAUGACUGUGAAAAACUGGUUUAUUCUUCUAGCGUUACCUUUUCCCAACAGAACAGCACUCAUCAUCAUUUUAUCAUCUGAUUUUUAAGACCCCAUGGGACAGCCAGUGUUCCUUUUCCUAAAAGUCCAUCUUUAAAAGUGCCAGUAUUUUAAUCUGCAGCAGAUGGAUUCAUUGCUGCUGCAGAGGAUAAGCGCUAAGGAGUGUUGUGAUAGUGUACAGAUAGUAUCAGCACACUCCACAUCUGUGAUGUAAGAACCAGCUGGCCCAGCCCAGGUCUCGACCAGGUUUGACCCUUCAGUUCGUGUUGCUAACGAAGAGAUGAAGAUGAUUCUACACCCGACUAUACGCGGUCAUUCCCUAUCCCAUCACUUCCUCUCGCUGCUCCUAAAUCCCUCUCUCAGGUUUCAACACUUGGCCGGCGUGCGCGUGUGUGCGUGUGUGUGUGUGUGUGUGUGUGUGUGUGUGU